AUGAGUCAGGAUACUGGGGAGUUGAAGAUUUGCGAACGGUGUUUGCCAUUAGGGGAAAACACCCCAACUUUGAUAAGAUACCCCAAUGGUAGAGAAUGUAAGUUUUGUACCUUCCCAUUCGAUUCAUACUCGUACACAAUAAACCACACAACUUUUCAUACCAUAUGCUGUCCUAAAUGUGCUACGAAGAAUCUGAUAUGUCAAGUUUGUUUGAACGACUUCGAACAUGGAAUACCGAUGCAUUUAAGGAAUUCGAUGAAACAAUUGUUGAACGAGAAUGCGGAUUCAGUGAUUCCGAAGAAUGAUAUGAUGAAAAGGUUCAUUGGACUAAGCUCAAAACAAGUAGCACCGUUGAAUAUAGAUAAAUUGAAACAAGCAGAAUCCAUUCGGAAGUGGAGAGUUCGAGAACUGCCGUUUAACUCCAAUGUCAACGAUACCAAGGAUACAUUUUUCCUAUACAAUAUAGACCCUAAUCUGACAGAGUCUCAGAUUGUUUCCCAGCUAAUAGUCGCUACUAAUAAUAAUUUGGAGCGUGAGAAUACGUCAUUGAAAUUGAAUUCGAAACUUAGGAUCGCAACUUUAACAUUCAAACAAGAUCCGGAUUUGUGGACACAAAAAUUAAUAUCGAUACUACCAAAGUUUAAAGUGGGACCCACCGUGGAGAAAUGUUACCUUCUGAUGAAAGGAAAUAGAAUCCAUAUAACAUCUUGUCUAUCAGAUGAUUUUGAUGUCAAUAAUGUGAACUCAGAACCAGAAUGGGAUCGUUUGGUACAGAAAAUUAUUACAAAAGAUGCCAAAAUAAUAGGUACGGAACCUGGUAAGAAAAAGGGCAAACCAAAAUCGGGAUCUAAAUCCGAUUUACAUACUAAGUCUAAGUCUUCACGUCGCAGACACACACUGGAUUUGUGA